AUGAGAACAGGGUCUGAACUGGCCGAGCCCCUGGGGCUGUGUGAAGAUGCCCCCUCCCCAGAGUGCCGCAGUGGUGAAAAAGGGAGCCCCAUGCCAGGAAUUUUAAUGAGCAGGACUGAAAAUGAAACUGCCGAUAUCGCAAAGCCCUGGUGCAGGCAGAAUGCCCAGCCAGGUGCCCGCAUUCUUCCACCGCAGCCAGACUCCCGGGUCUCUGGGGGGAGCGCCACUGCCUGGCUCCCGCGGCCACAGCGGAAGCCCUUCUCAGGGUCCUCAGCGGCCCUCUUGCUCCCGCCCUGCCCGGUGCUGUCCAGAGCUCGUACCCAGGGGGGGAGCGGCCCACACAGCCCCCAGGUGGAUCCCUCAGGCCUGCUCACAGCAGCUAAGCGGGGCGGGUCCUCGGAAGGGGGGCCCCCAACAGGGAAGACUCUGCUGCCCCCCCUCUGCUUCCCACCUGCCUUGAAAGCACCUUGCCGGGAUUGCCAGAUGGCAGCUGAGGCAGGGACGGGGGCAGGAAGCCGCUGUUCCUGCAGAGACCAAGGCCAAGGCCCACUGCCGCCAUGGAGACUAUCCCGGUGCUAUGGCAACUGGCAACUGCAACGGGCAUCCUUGGGCACGCCAGGGAGGAUGAAGGCCGCUCCCCCCACCUCCCCGUCUCACCCCCACAAGGUGACUCCAAGGCUGCCACAAACACAGGCCCCAGAGAGCCCUCGAGGCACCCUGGCCAUCUCUUGCACCGUGGCUGGGGAAGCCAAGCUCCACUCGCCCAGCUGGCCUGGCACGGGCACCCGACUGGCAAGACGGACACGGAGCUGCUUGGGGCCGGAGGGCCGCAAUGCAUCGCUCUGGCUGACCCUGGAGUCGGCCAAGGCACCCCGGUUGCGUUCAGCUGACCAGCUGGGAGUCAAAUUCUGGCCGCCCCGGCCGGAUCACCUCAGAGCUCAGAGUCCAAGCAGGGCCGGCUGGUCCUCGCUAGUCUGUGGCUGGGAGGCCCCCGAAGACCCCCCGGGGAGCAGCUACGCGGAGCCAGGCGGCAGCAAACCACCUCCGGGACGUCUCUGGCCUUGCAAACGUCACAGGGCCGCCAUAAGGUCUCUCUCUCCCCCCGCCCCAACUGCAUUGCAGCUGCAAACCAGCGUGACCCGCAUCCAGCACCUGGCCAUGAGCGUGUGCCAGAACCUGCACUUGGCCAGCCCAGAGGUGUGUGAAGAGAUCAUCCAGCUCUUUGAGCACGACAUGCUGACGGCCUGGACACGCUCCAUCCUGCGGCCCUCCGAGAUCUGUGGGCUGCUGGUGGGCCCCCACUGUGGGCACUGGGACAUCUACUCGGACUGGAACGUCACGCUGCCCAGCACGCCCAAGCCCCCCGUGCACCCCCCCGUGCCCCCGCGGCCGGGCGCCCCCACGGCCCGCGUGCUCUUCCUCACCGACUUGCAUUGGGACCAGGCCUACCUCCCGGGCAGCGACCCGGCCUGCAGCAACCCCCUCUGCUGCCGCGGGGGGCAGCCCCGAGGGGCGGGGGCCGGCUACUGGGGCACCUACGGCAGGUGUGACUUGCCCCUUCACACCCUGGAGAACCUGCUGCAGCACCUGGCCGCCGCCGGGCCCUUUGACGCGGCCUACUGGACCGGGGACAUCCCGGCUCACAACGUCUGGCAGCAGAGCCGGAGGGACCAGCUGCACGCCCUCAACACGGUGACUGCCCUCAUCCAGAAGUACCUGGGGCCACUGCCCGUCUACCCUGCCGUGGGCAACCACGAGUCCGUGCCCGUGAAUGCCUUCCCUCCCCCCUAUGUGCAUGGAAACCAGUCCUCUUCCUGGCUGUACAACGCCAUGGCCCAGGCGUGGCGUCCGUGGCUGCCCCCGGAGGCCCUGGCAACCCUGAGGGAGGGGGGCUUCUACACCCUCCGGGUCUGGCCCGGACUCCGUCUCGUCUCGCUCAACAUGAACUUCUGCUCCGAGGCCAACUUCUGGCUGCUGAUCAAUUCUACGGACCCGGCCGGGCAGCUGCAGUGGCUGGUGAAGGUCCUGCUGGAGGCCGAGGAGAGCGGGGAGAAGGUUCACAUCAUCGGCCACAUCCCUCCGUCUCACUGCAUGCGCAACUGGGGCUGGAACUAUUACCACAUCAUCAACAGAUUUGAGAGCACGGUGGCUGGGCAGUUCUUUGGCCACACUCACGUCGAUGAAUUUGAGCUGUUCUACGAUGAGGAGACGCUGAGCCGGCCGCUGGGCGUGGCGUUCGUGGCCCCCAGUGUCACCACCUUCGUCAGCCUGAACCCAGGGUUCCGGGUCUACCUACUGGAUGGGGCCUAUCCCGGCAGUUCGCACAUGGUGUUGGACCACGAAACGUUCAUCCUGAACUUGACCGAGGCCAACGUCCCGGGCGCUGUGCCCCGAUGGCAGCGCCUCUACGGAGCCCGGGAGACCUACGGCUUCUCGACCGCCUUCCCCGCAGACUGGGACCAGCUGGUGCGCCGCUUCCAGGCCGACGAGGGCCUCUUCCAGCGCUUUUGGUACCUGAUGUACAAGGGCCACCCGCCACGCCAGCCGUGCCGCGAUGCCUGCAGGAAGGCCCUGCUGUGCGCCCUCCGCACGGGGCGGGCCGGGGACCCGGAGCUCUGCCGGCCCCUGAGCCAGGAGCUGCCCUUCCGGGAAAUCCAGGCCCGGUGGCGCCUGCGGCGGUUCUGCUGAGGAGCCGGGGCUUUCCGGUGCCCUUUUCUGUCCCCCAGCUGGGAAUGACUGAGACCUUCCAGAGCAGUAUUGGUUCCCACCUUUUGGGAUGAUGGUGGAGAAGGGACUUUUGGCCCAAUGGAGUCAGCCCGGAGGAGGGGGAGAGGGAGGUAUUUUGCUCUCUUGUUUUGCUGGUUAGGUUGCACCCCCCCUCCCCCCGCAGCUGCCACCUUCUCUCUGCCUUGGUCAGCUCUGGUGGUCGUGGGACCUGGGCUCAACUUCCCUGGUCUGGAGUUGUGGAGGGGAAACCACAGCUCUUGGGGGGGGGGAGGGCUUUGCAGGUGCAAACGUAGCCCCUGUUGGAGAGGCGUUCUGUGAACCAGGAAGGGGGUGAGUCCCUGGAGAGAUCAGCUCCAGGCCCCCGGGGGUGGCCAACCUGUGCUCACAGCUGGCAGCUGGGAAUUGUAGUCCGGGGACAUCUGGAGCUCCACAGGUUGGCCACCCCUGCAGCCCAUAAUAGUCAUUGUCCGGCGCACUCGGGGCCUCUCCUUCCUCCACGAGUCUUCUGAGACCCCUACAAGCAGCUGCAGCCAGCAGAGGAGUUGCCGAUGCCUCCGUGGGGAAGGGCCCCGAUCCGCAACCUUUGCACAUGUGUGGGGAGCAGCUGGCGCAAGCGGCCCCCGCGUAUUUAUUUAAUAAAGCCAAUUCCCCAAACCAGA